UUUUUCAUUUUUUUAAGCGUUUUGUUUUCGUGUAUCUCUUCUCUCUGCACUUUGAACUAUCAUUAUGUCUAACGCAAGCUCUGCUCCAGGUGAUCAACGCUCCAAGGAAUCCGUCAUCUCUGAUACGGGAGCCAAGAUGAUGCAGUCCUUUGCUCCUCUCCAACCGAUUUGUGAGCAUGUAUGCGGUUUCCACUUUUACGCUCACGAUAUGACCCGUCAAGUCCAUGCCCAUCAUUUAUGCUCCCAUGUGAAUGAAGACUUCCGUCAAUGCAUUAUCUUUGACUCUCCAAAGAAAGAUGCUCGUCUCAUUGGUAUUGAAUACAUCAUUUCCGAAAAGCUCUUUAUGGAGCUGGAUGAACAAGAAAAACGAUACUGGCAUUCCCAUGACUAUGAAGUCCGUGGUGGAAGCUUGGCUCUUCCCAUGCCUCGCCUGAUGCCUGAAAUCGGUGCUCAAGCCAGCGAACGUGAAGCCUUGCUCCAGUUGCAGAAGACGUAUGGCAAAACAUGGCAUACCUGGCAAAUCGAUGCCCAUCCCACCAUGCCUCUAGGUCCUGCUCAAUUGAUGAUGGCUUUGACGGCCGACAACCAAUUGAAGCCCGAACUUGCUCGUCAGCGCAAGGAAGAAGAAGGCAUUGACAUUGACGAAAAGAAGAAGGAACGUCAAGACUUCCCCGCCUAUGAACCCAAACCUGGCUGCGACAUCUGGCAAAGCGGCAAAUCGGUUCAAAUUGUGCCGGAAGAAAAGGACUUUAUCAAGUCGUAAGCUAGCUUCUCCGUUCACUUAAAGCCCCUCUUGUCAGGUGCAAAUUAAGGAUUGUGAAAAAUAAAAA